AUGUUAACUUUUCAGGUGAAUCCCGGUCUUCCCCCCACCAAUCAAAGCAUUGAUGCCUUCAGUCGCACGACUGAAUGUCGCUUCUUAGCAUGCGUAAGUGGGAUGCGAAAGAGUGGGUCGUUUGUUGACCCCGUUAAAGCGCCUCAGCCCAUGCUAUUAAGAGACAGGCAUGUAAGAGGUGAGCGUAAAAUUUGGUUUGCUAUUGAGUUAUGUGAUCUAUGCUGGAAGAAUUCUCGCCACGCAUUUUCAGGAUUGCCGGACUGCGGUGCCGUGCGUGUCCUAAGCUUACGGUGCCAUUGGGUUUCUGUUACGGUAUUUGAUUUUUCAGCGAGGUUACAUAGCGCCGAGUUAGACUCGUUGCCGACAGUACCAAUCUCAUCUCACCUCUCCUUUAGCCGCAACUCCUCCCAUAGGUCGGUCGGUGAGUAUGACCUGGGGAAGAGACUUCUGUGCCCCUUUUUCUUAGACAUCAUGGUAGUUGCGCAUCUUGUCGCACGUGUCUCACGCGAUAUCAUACCCAUUCAGCCCAGAGCUCUAUCGAGCUCCUUAGACCUUACAAUACACUCGUACAAUCCACUUUGUUUGGAUCUCACUACCUUGUCGACUCGCUUCCCAUAUGACCCCUUCUCAGCUCAUGCAAGACAUCUCACUAGUUAA